AUGUCUGGUUCAACCGACGGUUACGUUAACAUUUACGAUCUUUCCCAAGAAGACGAAGAGGAUGCUCUUCACCAGGUUAUCAAUUUUGCAUCGGUGCAUUCGUGUCAGUUUAUUCAGGAACGACGGAUAGCAGUUUUAUCUCAUAUGGAAACUUUGGGAUAUUUUGAGUUGAACAACCAAGACUAUGAAAAUGCCGAGGAACCACAACCCAAAAUCAUUGGAGAUGUUCGUACGAUAUGGUCGGACUGUGAAUAUGUGAUCAAGGCAAGUCCACAUUGUGGAUAUGUUGCUUAUGGUGCCAAUUCUCAGAGAAAAUUAACUAUACUUCCUUUUGACUGCGAAGCCGAACUGGUAGAUCAAACCCAACCAUGCUGGUUUCCUGGAGCCCACGAUGAAGAAGUGGUCAGGGACGUUCUUGCAUUAAAUACAAACACAAUUUUGACUUGUGGUGAGGACGGUGCCAUCAGAAGUUGGGUGAUGCCAUGGGAAUUGAAGUACAAACCUGUGGUUACAGAAACUGUCAAAGAAGUACCAGCUAAAAAGGAAUCCCACAAAACUGAAAAAUCAAAGGAGGAAAAGAAGAAGAAAAAGAAGAAGGAGAAGAAACAGAGAAAGAAGGAUGUAAAGUUUAAACCAUACUGA